UGUGCAUCAGUGCCACCUAUCAGUGCCAGUCAGUGCCGCCUAACAGUGCCAUCAGUGCCGCCUAUUAGUGCCAGUCAGUGCCGCCUAUCAGUGCCAUGUAUCAGUGCUGCCUUUCAGUGCCCAUCAGUGAUGCCUGUCAAUGCCCAUCAGUGCCACCUACCAGUGCCUCCUCAUCAGUGCCCAUCAGUGCCACCUAUCAGUGUCCAUCAGUGCAGCCUAUCAGUGCCCAUCAGUGCAGCCUCAUUAGCGCACAUCAGUGAAGGAGGAAAAUCACUUAUUUACAAAAGUUUAUAA